ACGAGAGAGAGAGAGAGAGAGAGAGAGGGAGAGAGAAGAUAACACGCACACACUUCAUAUCAUAUAUCGUUUUCUCAACAACACAGCGCUACUGGAAAGUUUGAUAACUUUCUGUCUCUUUUAUUUUCUCUUUCCAUCAAUUUUCUUUUCUCUCACACGUUCUCUCUCCCCAAACAGUCCACACUCCUUACCCUCUGACACGCCUUCUCUGAAACUAUCUGAACAAUCUUUACUUGUCCUUCUUGCUCUUAGUUUGUCCCUUUUCUCACGAAAGCUUUUUCCCACUUUCGAUUCCUCUAUCGCUCUGAAUUUUACUUUUUUUUUUUUUUUUUUUCCGUUAAAGUCUUUUCUCUAAUCGAUCAUGCUUCAGAGCUUAGUUACUCAAUCUACGUUAAAUUGCAACACGAGCCCUAACCCUACUUCCCCUUCUUCUUCUUCUUCUUCUAUGAAAAUGAAGCGUAUCGACCGUGAGCUUGCCGGAGGUGAAUCAUCCGGUGACGACCCGUCUACUAAGAGGCAAAAUUCCGGUCGGGAUUUAACCGGUGAAGCUACAGUUUCUGGCGAGAAGACUAUGGAGGAUCACGACGAAGAGCCGGUCGUUGAGGGGGAGUCAACCGGUCUGAGAUUGCUCGGUCUUUUGCUACAAUGCGCCGAGUGCGUAGCGAUGGACAAUCUCAACGACGCCAGCGAGUUACUCCCGGAGAUCGCCGAGCUCUCGUCUCCGUUCGGUUCGUCGCCGGAGAGAGUGGGCGCGUACUUCGCGCACGCGCUGCAGGCGCGCGUGAUCAGCUCGUGUUUGGGCACGUACUCCCCUUUAACCAUAAAAACCCUAACCGCCUCUCAGUCGCAGCGGACGUUCAACGCUCUUCAAUCAUACAAUUCGAUCAGUCCCUUGGUCAAAUUCUCACACUUCACAGCCAACCAAGCGAUUUUCCAAGCAUUGGACGGUGAGGAUCGCGUCCACGUCAUCGACCUGGAUAUAAUGCAAGGCCUUCAAUGGCCAGGAUUGUUCCACAUCCUCGCUUCUAGGUCGAAGAAAAUCCGGUCCAUGAGGGUAACUGGGUUCGGAUCCUCGUCGGAGCUUUUGGAAUCCACCGGGCGUAGGCUGGCCGAUUUCGCGAGCUCACUGGGCCUCCCAUUCGAGUUCCACCCGCUGGAGGGGAAAAUCGGAAGUAUAACCGAUCUGAGUCAACUCGGAGUGAGGCCGAGCGAGGCAACGGUGGUGCACUGGAUGCACCAUUGUCUGUACGACGUAACGGGGAGCGAUUUGGGGACGUUGAGAUUGUUGAGUUUGCUGAGACCGAAAUUGAUCACGAUCGUCGAACAGGAUUUGAGCCACGGUGGAAACUUUUUGGGCCGGUUCGUGGAGGCCUUGCACUACUACAGCGCGUUGUUCGACGCGCUGGGUGACGGAUUGGGUGUGGACAGCCUAGAGAGGCAUAUGGUGGAGCAGCAGUUGUUUGGGAGCGAGAUUAGGAACAUCGUGGCCGUUGGUGGGCCCAAACGGACAGGAGAGGUUAAGGUGGAGAGGUGGGGCGACGAGUUGAAACGGUUCGGGUUUAGACCCGUUUCUCUGGGUGGUAACCCGGCCGCCCAGGCCAGCUUGUUGCUCGGAAUGUUUCCUUGGAGAGGGUACACUUUGGUGGAGGAAAAUGGGUGCUUGAAAUUGGGUUGGAAGGAUCUUUCUCUGCUCACUGCCUCGGCUUGGCAGCCGUCCGAUUGAAAUACUUUUUUAUUUUUAUUUUUAAAUUUUAAUGGAAUCGAUGAUUUCGAUGAUGAUUGGUCGAUGGAAUCGAUCCUGUUAUGGGUGUGAGUGAAAUUAUUUAUUCACAUGGGGAUUGAUCCGACGGAUGGGAAUUGGGUGGGUCCACAUGUAUUUUGAUGGUGAUGAUGAUGGAGCGGAAUAAACAUUGGGAUCAUGGAUUUUUGGGAGGAAUUUUGAGAAUUUCUCAAAUCUCUCUAAUAAAUGGGGUUAAGGAAGAAUCUCUUUCCUUUUUUGAGA